AUGCCUACUCUGCUCGAAUUCCUUAGAGCUCGUGACCCCAACCUGGACAGAUCCUAUGUCAAACGAGGACCUAAUACGUUCAAUGCGGCAUGGGAUACAGUAGACCGUGUUGAAAACUGGCCUGACUUCAACUUUGUGAACUUGAUUGCUAUGCUUGGUCCCAUCCUCCAUCACCAGUUUCACCAACAUGAACUUGAUAUACCACCCCAACCUUCCCGUGCUACUCUUCAAAUUGUCGAUGAAAAAUCUGUUACCAAGCUUCUAUCAAAAUGGACUCAUACGCGAGUUGAUUGUGCUCUGGAGAAAGCAGUCCACCUUCUUCAAGGCCGCAUGAUGCCAAUAUCCUGGGCGUCAGGAGGUCAUGCUGAUAGUGCUGAUGAAGUAAUAUAUCCUGACUGGGCUGGAAUUGAUUUGAAUGAUAGCUUUCCGACUAUCAACCGCGUCCCAGACGAACUGGCUGAAUUUUUGAAGCCAAUAAGCCAAGUCAUGAACUAUGCUAAGUUAUUCAACACUAGAUAUGCAUAUGUUGUCUCGGACCGAGAGGUUGUUUGCCUUAGAAGAACCAUAUCAGAAUAUGAGGGAACUCCACUCGCCCGUGGCCGCGAACGCCGUCCUCUUUUCCCUACAACGCCGAUAGGACACUCUAGUCAAAUCUCCAUGGCAUCUUCUACUCCGCCGCCUCCCAGUAGCCCUCCUGUUCAAGUGGUGAUUCGGCGCCAGCAACUGCCACAGAGCUCCCAGUUAUUCCUUACACCUGAACGAGCCCGACAGUCACCUCGCAUCUUACUUUCUUCUCCUAAAAAUAUAAGCUCGUCUCCGUCCGCUUAUACGGAUAAUGGAAACCCCGAUGUUGCUGAGUGGAUAGUUGAGAUGGCAAGAGUCCCCUGGGGAGAAACCAGGCCAAAUCACCUCACAGUUAACCUUGCCAUUUUUUGGAUCCACAUUUUGGCAGCAUUCGACAUCGACAUGCAGUCUUCAUACCCUCCUUUAGGAAGAGACUUGGCAAGGGAAUACGGUAUGUCCAUUCUUAUCGUCACGUUUUCGUUUCUUAUGACCUUUUCGUUAGGCAUUCGGGAGUAA